AUGGUGCUCGAAAUUCGCGUGACCGAUCCGUCGGAAAAAUCGAUCACACCGGAACGGGUGAAACCGUUGACGGAGGAGCAAGAAGAUCGUAGAAAUAACAACAGCCGUCACUCGCCCGGUCGUACACCGGUGCGGAUAGGACGCGAUGAGCUUGAAGCGAUCAAAACCAAUCUGCUAAACACGAAUGAGGUUACAUUCAGUACUGUGCUGGAUACGGAUCUUGGUCCGCCGGAUUCGCCAGGUUCGGGUCGAGGAAACUAUGGCAAGAACUUGAGUAUGGCUCAGCUGAAGGUGCCUGGUGUUGGGGCUGCUGCUGGUGAUGAUGGUGCUGGUGAUCGUACACGCCGAACGCGGUUGAUUUCGGAACUCUCGGAAGCGGAUUCGAUACUAUCUUCGUACCAUGAACCGGAGAAGAAGAAACCACCCAAAAUUCCCGACGGUGGAUACGGAUGGGUGAUCGUGUUCUCAUCUUUCAUGAUUUCACUCAUCAUGGAUGGUGUGUCGUUCUCGUUCGGUUUGAUCUACACGGAGCUGCUCGACUACUUUGGAGAGUCCAAAUCAAAGACGGCCUGGAUUGGGUCGCUGUUUAUCGCCGUACCGUUGUUGUCUGGACCGAUUAUGUCCAACCUGGUGGAUCGAUACGGUUGUCGCAAGAUGACCAUGCUUGGUGGGUUCAUCGGUGGGAUGGGUUUCGUAUUGGCUUCGUUCUGCCAGUCGGUUGAGCAGCUUUAUUUUACCUUCGGUAUAUUGUCCGGUGUUGGUCUGGGGUUCGGGUACGUGACCGUAGUCGUCUGUGUGGCGUUCUGGUUCGAUAAGCGUCGCACUUUUGCGACGGGAAUCGGUGCAUCCGGUACCGGGAUUGGCACGUUCGUGUACGCUCCACUCUGCCAAUGGUUGAUCAACAACUUUGGAUGGCGUGGGGCAACGCUUAUCCUUGCCGGUACACUCUUCAACAUGGUCGCUAUGGGUGCACUGAUGCGUGACCCUGAGUGGAUGAUCGAGGAAAGCAAGCUGGAAAGUCGAGCCCAAAGCAUCCAGACGUUCUCGAACUCGAGUGUUUAUUUGGACGAGAUCAAGAAGCUUAUUGAGACGGGCAUCCCGAAGGAACACGUGCUGGAUACGCUCGUUACGAAUGUGAACACGGAAGCGAACCAGGUCAUACCGCCGGAAGAUCCGGCUAUUAACAAGAAGUACCAGAGCUUGGUUGCAUUGCCAACGUUCUUUAGCGAGCAGGAACAACACGGCAGUGGUACACGUGCCAAUGGUGCCAUUCUGCAUGCUAGUAAUCGUUCCCUUCGGCACAACGUUCUGACGAAAGAGGCAUUCAAACGCAGUGGUCGAUUGGCUCAAGCAAAGGCACGUCUGGCCAGCACGGAGACGCUUAACUCGUACGAGAAACUUUCCGACGAGGAAAACGAUGAAGCUCAUCACGAGGAACAUACGGAUGGCAUUAGUCUAGGAAUUCGUGCUUCACUGAAAACACUUAGCGUAGCGUCACUGGAAGAUGGUUAUCUGAGCGUGAAACGACAGCAAGAGUUACACGAAAAGGUGGGCGGAAGUACGUGGUCUUUGGAUGAGGUCGCACUUGCUGGAUCGCUUGUCGUUCCCGCACCGCACGGCGAUACUGCGGUCGUUGGUGAUAGUAGUCGUGCAGAGAAAUGUCGCAGCUUUCGAGGCAACUCGCUCGAUGUGGUGUACGAGAACGAGAUAUUUAAUCCAAACGUGGACACUAGUGUAACGCUGGUUGUGCCGAAGCAGACAAAGCUGCUGCAUCAACGAGCGGUUGCGCCACGUGGUGGAGGACUCAAGAAGCAACAUUCGCUAGGUCGUCAGCAUUCGAUGCGUUACUCGAACUUUUACAAAGACAUGCGGCUACAUCGGAACUCGAUUCACUACCGCGGAGCGUUGCUCAACACGCAUCGAUAUCGAUUGAAGGCGUCCUCAUGCCCAAACAUUUAUCGCAAUUCGAUGACAACGAUCGCCAAGGAGCAGGAUGAGCCAUGGUACGGUAGCUUCAUCGAUACGCUGAAAUCAAUAUUCGAUUUUUCGCUCUUUUUCGAGUUCCGCUUCGGUAUGCUUGCCAUCUCCACGCUGCUGCUGUUCGUUUGGUACAUCAUUCCCUAUUUCUACAUCCCUGAGUAUGUGCUGAACUACAACUACAGUGAACAGGAUGGAGCGAAUCUUAUCUCUGUGAUCGGUAUCACCAACACGAUCGGGAUGGUUGGUCUUGGUUGGCUCGGUGAUCGACCUUGGGUGGAUGUGUCCAAGACGUACGCAGUGUGCCUGGCACUAUGCGGUGCAUCAAUUUUUGCCAUACCUUGGGUUAUCUCGAGCUACGCAGCUAUGGUGGUUCUGUGUAUCAUCUUUGGCUUUACCUUCGCAAGCACGUUCUCGUUUACGCCCAUCAUCAUGGUACGGUUAGUGAGCUUGGAUGAUUUUACUGUUGCGUAUGGAUUGGUGCUGCUGGUGCAGGGCAUUGGCAGUCUGAUCGGACCACCGAUCGCUGGUUUCCUGUACGAUGUGACCAAUCGGUGGGACGAUUCAUUCUAUGCGGCCGGGUUCUUCAUCUUCCUCUCGGGGGUGUGUGCUUGGGCGAUCGGUUCACUGGAACCAUCACCCGACAGUGAAAAGGACGACGACGGGGAGAAGGAAAGUGAUGCUCUCAGCUUAACAGUCACGGCGUAA